AUGAAGGUGGUCUCUCUCUUCAGCGGGAUCGGCGGACUCGACCUCGGCCUCGAGCAGGCGGGACACGAGAUCAUCCUGCAGUGCGAGAACUUUCCCGACGCCCAGGCGGUCCUCCAGGCCCACUUCCCCUCCGCGGUCCUCGUCCCGGACAUCCGCCAGCUGCGCACGCUGCCAAAGGAGACGGAGUGCGUGGCGGCGGGCUUCCCAUGCAUCGACGUGUCCGUCAACGGCCUCCGCAGGGGCCUCCAGGGGCCCAGCUCGGGCCUGGUCGCCCACGUCUUCCGCCUCCUGCGCGACGCCAAGGAUCGCAACCGGCCCGUGCCGUGGGUGCUCCUGGAAAACGUCGAGGGGCUCUUGUCGCCGACGAAGGACGCCGGCGGGGCCUUGAUGCCCCCGCCCGUGCAGACGAUCGUCAGCGAGUUCGAGGCGAUCGGAUACUCUUCCUGGGCUCAGCGCAUCAUUUGCUCGCAGGCCUUCGGUCUCCCGCAGCGCCGCCGCCGCGUCUUCAUCCUCGCGGCGUUCCACGCCGAUGCCCGCGACGUCCUCCUCACCGGCGGCCAGCUCAUGUGCGCCGGCGCGUGCCACGACCGCCUGUCGACCACGGACUUGCGCCAACCGUGCUACCGCUGCUGGGAGCCGGACGCGGACCCGAACACGCACGCCUUCGCGUUCGAUCUCGGCGAGGCGCGCUCGCUGCCGAGCGUGGAGUGCGCGCCGACCAUGACCAGCAAGUAUCGCGCCUUGGUCGUGUUGCUACAAAACCAGUACGGAAUGCUCCGUGUAGCCGACGCCGAGCGCCUCCAGGGCCUCCCCGAGAACUGGACGCGCGUGGAGGUGCCCCGGGGUGCAGCGGGCGUCGCGUCGCCUUCCGCGCAGAGCCUCACGCCGAACGCGGACGGGUCGCGGCCGUCGGUGUGGACCAUGAUCGCCAACGCGGUCACGGUGCCGGUGGCGCGGUGGAUCGGCGAGAAGCUCGCGCCGGGCAUGCUGCAUGCGAGCAAGUACGUCGGGGGCAGGGACGACGUCCCGCUGGCGACGUGCAUGCAGCGUGAGGUGCCUCUGGCGCCUGAUGGCGCUGCGCGCGACCAGGGGCGCGGACAGCGGGCGGUCGCGCUGCAGCCGGGGGCGUCCUGGCCGGACGCUGCGUGGUGGGUCGUCGGGCAGGGGCGGCACGUCGCAGCGGCUGGAGACUCCCCCGUUCUGGUCCCUUUCACUCCCCUGAGCAAGUUCAUCAAGGGCGUCGGACUCCCCCCGGGGCCUGGGCGCGUGUCGACGUACCUCAACCGCCUCCUGGAGCGCGGCUGGCCCAAGGUCCGCGUCGACGCGCUGCGCCGGCGCUUCAUGCGGGCCGGCGCGCGCAAUCUCGAGCUGGACGGCGAGGCGGACUGCCUGGACGGGCGCUCCUACGUGCCGCGCGUGCGCGACGGCGUCGAAAGGGCGGACCGCGUCGCGGAGGAGCCGUUGUCGGGGGCGCGACUGGAGAGCGCCGUGCAGGACAGGGUCCAGGACGUGAUUGCGGCGACCGUGGCGGACCAGGCGGAUUUCGGCGGCAGGGGGGGGGUUGGGGGGGUGGAAGGUUCUUCAGACGACGACGACCCGAUGGGCGGCGGGCCGACCGAGGACGACGGGCCCGGGACGGGGGGGGUGCCCGUCGAAUGCGAGGAGGUGUUUGGGACCUAUUACCCCUUGACCGAUUUGAUUCGCUGCGAGGCGCCGUGCUGCGCCGGGAAGGGCCUUGCGCCGAACAGCGGGCCGCGGGACGGGAUGUUCUCGGGGACAGAGUGGCUGACGCACGCGGGGUCUCAAAAGAAGAACUGGCGGUCUAUUUUGGUCAUAUCCGGCCGCGGCGUGCCGUUCGUGGACCCCGCGGCACCGAACGUCACGAUCGCGACGUGGUUCAAGCGCGCGGCCGAGGACCGGCGCAGGCGGCAGCGCAAGGAAGGCGCGGCCAAGCGGCCGCGACAGACCGGGCUCACGAUCCCGCGCACGAUGCAGAAGGAGCCGUGCGGCGUUUGCUCCUCGUGCAUGGAGCGUGGGGGAAACAGACUGUGUCUGAGCAUCAGGGCGUUCCGCGCGGCCCAGAGCGGCCACGCAGGUGGCAUGCUGGCGUCGAUGCGCGAGGGCGCGAUCGGGGCCACCGUGGAGGUGUUUUGGCCCCUUGACGAGAAGUUCUACCAAGGCCACGUGAUCCAGUUUGAUCCCUACAAGUGCCAGCACAUGAUCAAGUACGUCGACGGCGACGUGGAACAGAUCCCUCUGUGGAGCCCAAUGCAGAACAUCCGAAUUACAACCCCCCCGGGGGACUGGCCGGCGAAGCGCCUGCAGCUGCAGCACAGCAGCGACGUCCUCGCGCUCAUCAGCCGCUCCGUGCCGCCCCACGGCGCGGCAACGCCCCGCACGGACACGCCGCCAGCUGGCGCCGCAGCCGACACGCCAGCGACCGUCGUCGUGCCCGUCGUAGCCGUUGAACCCGCUGCGAUUCCCGGCAACGCGCCAGCGGGCUGCGGCGUCCCGGCCGCGGCCGCGCCGGGCAUGGAAACCCCCGCGGCGCCGGCGUGA